UUAAUCUAAUCCCGCUUUAGUCCAGCAGACCUAAGCGUCGGCGACGGCAACGAGGUCCUCCAGGAAACGAACGGCAGCGGCGCUUAUCCUUCAGUUUCCGAGGCGAACAGCGUCGUCUUUCUCUAGCAGGCGGCAUAACAGCCAGCAGUAGAACCACCCGGCGAACAACUACUUCCCUUCGGCUUUACGCUAUCUAGUUCUUCACGCCAAGAGCAUUCCAAGAUUUUUGUUCAUAAAUAUCUUGCUGUCAAAUGGCAUCCUCUAUUAUAAAACCUGGUUUGCUGGUUGCUUUACAGGAGCUACAGCCUUCUUCUCCGUUCUUUAAGGAAGGGCAAUCUAUUCGAGUUACUGGAAAGUUACAGUCUUACAGCGUUGAAAGUGCCAUUGCAAUUAUAGUAGACGGUGGCGCUACACUUCUUAUUGACACCCAGCAUUUAAGAGACAUCAACUUCCGCAUCAAUUCCAUCUAUCAAUUCAUUGGCGAGCUCCUGAUUCCACAUGAUGGCCAAGUGGUACUGAAGGCACGCAUAGGAAGGAAUGUGGAUGGCAUUGAUCUCAACCUCUACCACCAAUCCAUCCGGCUUCGACGUAAAUUCGAAGCCGACAUUGUGAGAUCGAAAACAACCUAAUCAAUUUUUCUGUAGUCUUGAUCUUUUGAAACCUCUUAAAGGUUAGACUUUUCAAAUACUUGAACAAAAGAGAAGUUUCAGAGCAAGCAAUGCCAUUUCUUGAGCUUUCUCCUUUGCCUUUCUGUUAAGUGUAAAAUAAAUGCAGUAGAUUA